UCUCCCUUAGCUGUUAGCCAUUAGCUUGAACAUGGCUUCGUUUAUUAUCAAAUCUGCCCACUUCCGCUGUGUUGCAAGGACAGGCAGGCUCAUAAGCGAGCACCGGACAAGGAAAACGUUGUGUUCAGACAGAAGUUAUGCCACCGAGGUAGACAACAGGGUUCCCAAAAUAUACACCAAAACUGGAGACAAAGGUUUCUCAAGCACAUUUACAGGAGAAAGGAGGCCAAAGGAAGAUCAUAUUUUUGAAGCCCUAGGAAAUACAGAUGAGCUUUCAUCAGCUAUAGGCUUGGCCAGAGAAUUUUGCCUCGACAAAGGUCACACGUUCACAGAUCAGUUGGACAAGAUACAGUGCAUUUUACAAGACGUGGGCUCCAAUAUCGCCACCCCUCGAUCAUCUGCAAGAGAGAGUCACAUAAAGAAAACCAAAUUUACUGCUCAGCCAAUCACAGACCUGGAAACCUGGAUUGAUAACUUUACAAAAGAGCUCAGUCCACUGACCAACUUCAUUUUACCUUCUGGAGGGAAGAGCAGUGCAGCUUUGCACUUAGCUCGGACAGUCUGUCGGCGAGCAGAGCGCAGUGUUGCUCCAGUUGUGCGGUCAGGGGAAGCCGAUCCAGAUGUUGCAAAGUUUCUGAACAGAUUGAGCGACUACCUGUUCACUGUGGCCAGAUAUGCAGCCAUGAAAGAAGGCAACGAGGAGAAAAUCUACAAAAGACCUGAAUGACCAGUUUGUCGCAUGAGGAUUACGACAAAGUUUGAUUUUGUUAUGGUUGAUGCAGAUACUUCAGUUAUAUUGUAAAUAUAUAAAUAAAUCAUAAUGGGGUCCAAAAUUG